AUUUAUCGGUUCAAAAAUUGAAUCCUUAAAAUGAAAAAUAGUUAAAUAAAUACAUUCUACGUGACCCAUUAGUGCUCCUUCGAAAAUCGGCGCCAGAAAUUGACCCACGGGUUUCCUAACCUCUAAAAAUGUGACAGGAAUAAAUUCUAAACUCUAACAUUUAACUUAUCCUUUCGAAAAAUGGACUCGAAAGUUGAUGCUAGCAAACCCAUAAAAAUCUGUCGAUUAUGUUUAAAGACUGGUCAGAGUUAUCGUUCACUGUUCGAAGAGAAGAAUAAGAUAGCCGAAAAAGUCAGCAAGUGUUUACCAAUUCUGGUGAAUCCAAACGAUGACCUUCCUAGUCAUAUUUGUCCCCUGUGCCUACGUUCCUUAAACAUCAGCUACAAAUUGUUAAUCCAAGCAAUAGAAACCGAUGGAAAGCUCCGAAAGCAACUGUCAGAGUCUCGGGCCCAGAGGCUCAUCCUGGAGCCACGAGGAACUGUCUCUAUGCCUUUAAAAUCCCAGCAGAUGGAAGCAGGUAAUCCAGGUAUCUGUGGCAUCUGCGAGAUUCGUUUCGAGGAUGCAGAAGCCUUCGACAGCCACAUGGAAAUGUUUCACCACUCGAAAUGGGUCUGUAAUCUUUGUGAGACUGACUUCACGACCUCAGAGGAACUUCUCCAGCAUAAGCACAAGACACAUUACGACAACAUGGAGUGCACUGAAGCUCCAGAGAACUGCAUAGACGAGGGGAUAAUCGAUAUCAAGGAGGAGAGAAUUACUUCGGCCUCUGAACACUCGGAUGCUGAGGAGUUUUUUCCUGCGGAAGCUGAGAACGGCAAAAAACGCAGGAAGGAGAAGCAAAAGGUGGAUGAAGAGAUGAGGGAAAAGCCCGUGAAGGAGAGGAGGACCCGGGAGAUUUGUAAGACAUGUGGAAUUACCCUGGACAGGGAGACAUCACUCAGAGAACACAUGAAAAUGCACGAACCCUACGACGUAGAGUGUGCAGAGUGUCAGGACAAAUUCACCACAGCUUAUGAUUUCUGUGUGCACAAACGUGAUUUUCAUAACAGCCAUCCCGGGCGGCCCAUCAAGUUCUUCUGCAGGCUUUGCAACAGAAUGAUGUGGGACAUAAGAGCUCUUAAAGUUCAUGCCAAUUGUAAGAGGCCCAGACAUACGUGCAAGUACUGUCUCGAGAAUUUUUGUGUUAAGAACCUACUGAGGCUGCAUUUGAAUAAGGAACAUCGUCAAGCUAUGAUGGAGGAUGAGGCUAUAGAGAAGAUGAGCUGUGCGUACUGUCAGAAGCUGUUUGUCGAUAAGAAGAUCUACUACGAUCAUGUUUAUCUGCACAGUCGAUCGCUCGUCUAUCGAUAUCAAUGCAAAUUUUGUGAAAAAGACUUCGCCAGUGCGUCGUCGUUGAAAAAUCACGUUGAAUCGGCCCACGAUAAAAUCCCGAAAUACGAGUGUCGGACGUGUAAGAAAAAAUUCUACAACAAGAAGAAUUUGCAAACACAUGAAAGAAUACACUUGAAACUUCAUUGUAAGCGUUGCAAGAAAAAAUUCGAAACUGUUGAACUCGUUAAUCAACACAUGAAGGACGUGCAUGGCGUACCGUUGAAGAUAAAACGGUUGUACUCCUGUCCGCAAUGCGACAGGAAGUUCACCAGGCGGAGUGUCAUGGAGGACCACAAAAACACUCACAGUGGAAAAACUCCCCAGACUUGUACCAUUUGUCACAAAAAAUUCAGAACGUAUGCAGCACGUUGGGCGCACGUACAGAGACAUGGGUCUAACGGAUUUUUCUGUGAUUAUUGCCAAAAAAAAUUUCUCAAUAAGAGACACAUGAAAUCCCACAUAAUGAGCCAUCGUCCUCCUGAGGAGUGGGAAUACAUAUGUGAAGUAUGUGAUGCCCGUUUUCCUCAGAAAUUUCGACUAACGAAUCACAAGAGAAAACACACGGGAGAAAAAAAAUACUUGUGCGAUAUAUGUGGCUCGAAAUUCGGCCAGAAAUCCAAUCUCGAUAAACACAUGAGGAAUUUACAUAUUGCCCCAGAGCCUCAGGAAUCCCGGUAAAUUGGUGUAAAUAAUCGCAUAUCAUUGUUUCAUCAUCAUUUGUCAAAGAUUAUUCUGGAAUACAUUGAUUAUAAUCUGUUUCAUGUCAUACCUUAAUCGAUAUUAUUCUGUUUCAAUUGUCACAAAUCAACGACAGUCCUGUUUAAUUUAAUAAACUAAUUAUUUCUCAUCA